AACGAGGGCUUGACGGGUCAGGAACCUCGCACAUGCAGCGCCUUGUGCUGCUUUUUUUGUUGGCCAAUGGAGCUCCCCAUUGGGUUUUGCAUCAGGGUGAAUGUGACAUAAAGGAGCCUUGCAUCAUCGUGCCUGCAAGUUCCAACAACAGCUGCAUUUAUGAAGCCAUGCUUGAGCCUGGUUGGGAAGUUCGCGGGUACAAUGCAACCCUCAGAGAAAGCAGCUUCUCGAAAUAUUGCAUCUUGCAAACUUCCUGCGAAUUUGUCACCUGUGAACCAGGGAGCACGAAGCGAACAAAUGCAGCAGAGAUUGUAACAGUGCCUGUGCAUCAACAUGAUCCCGAUUGGUGGAUGGAGUUCUGCGAAAAGGUUGGCUGUGUCGACCAGGUGGUGCUUGAAGCCACCACGAUGCCCGCCCUCGGAGCACAACAGCAGCAUGCCUGCUGUCAGCGCAUGUGCAGGAGCGUUCACUGCCCAGCCGGCUUCGAACGCGUGCCAAAUGCAACUCUGGUUCACGGUGAUCCUGUUUCUGCUUGUUGCAGGAAGAUGACAGCGUGCAAGAGGAACUCCAAUUACAAGCCAGUUGACAUGUUGGGCAUCAAACCAAGCAAGGUCCAGUCAGCAGCAGAAUGCUAUGAAUUGUGUGAAAGGACUCCGCGUUGCGCUGGCUUUUCUUGGUUCGCAGACACGAGCUGCCACCUGGCAGACGCAAGUGCAAAGUUGCAAUUUGGCGCGAAGAGUGUGAGUGGUACUUCCUCUUGCUACGCAACUCGAUCUGAUAUGCUGCGUGAUGAAGCCGAACUCAUGAACGGCCCACCGUCCUCCUAUUGUCAACGCCAGCAGGGCCGCUGCACAGGACGACUCUGGGAACGUUUUGGUCCAAAACCACCUUCUCCGAAGACCCCAGUCAGCCUGGACGUGGCGGAUUGGGAUGGCGAUGGCACGUUGGAGAUCGUAACACUAUCCAACAAUGGAGUGGUGGUGCAGGGGUCUCAGUACAUUUGGAGGCAGGGCAAUGGCAUGACUCUGAGGGUUGCAUGGGCGGACUCAGAAAAGUCCUUUGACUUGGGGAAUUCUUCCGGUAUGCGGCCGCAGUUCUCGGUUUUUGAUUGGGAUGCAGACGGACAUUUGGAUGUGUUGAUUGGAAGUGAGGAUGGCAGCCUCGGGUUCUUCAAAGGCAUUGGUGAUGGAGAAGUGGCGUUUUUAGUAGAUCUACAGCCAUUCUCUGCAGUCAGAGGAUAUAAUUGCUCCGCCCCAGCAAUGACAUUUUGGAACGAGGACAACUAUCCGGAUUUGGUUUUGGCUCACGGCUGCCAGGUGGACAUCCUUCUUGGGACAGCAGAUGGCUCGCUUGAGAAGUCACAGACAUUGUUAUUUGCAAACAUUGGUGCAUGCCCUUCUCUCGCACAUUCUUCACACGUCGAAUGUUCUUUAGUCCCCGCAGUCUGGGACUGGGAUGGCGAUGGCCGCCCCGAUGUGAUCGUUGGAGACAAGGAGGGCAAGCUCCACCUUUGCAGCUCAAAGAAUGAACUACAGUGUUCUGACAACGAGUUUGGCGGCCUGGGUGUGGGCAGCUUUGCUUCUCCAGCAGCCUGUGAUUGGGACCACGACGGUGCUCCAGAUUUGCUGGUUGCCCGCACAUUGGAGGAAACACCUUACAGGUUUCGCCGCAAUGAGUCAAGCGUGGUUUUGAUGAACCCAGCAAGUCCACUUGACCACCUUGAUGUUGGUGCGAAUGCAACGCCUGUUCUGGUUGACUGGGACCUUGAUGGCCACUUAGACCUUGUAGUCGGGAGUGCUGAUGGAAGAGUGCGGUACUUUCCGUGGCAGAAUGGCACCUUCCAUCCAACCAAUGACUUGGACAACCCCUUUCAACACGUUGAUGUGGGGUCGCAAGCAGCACCGGCUGUCGUGGACUGGGAUUUCGAUGGAUAUCUCGACUUGGUGGUUGGUAGUGCCAAGGGCACCUUAUCCUUUUUUCGUGGUGAAGCUGGAGGGAUGGUUCUUCCUGAAGCAGAAGAGCACCCUUUUCGCUUCAUCCAUGUAGAGAGUGGUGUGGCCCCCGCCUUUGCUGAUUGGGACGGAGAUGGUGACUUCGACUUGGCAAUUACAUUUCCACAGAAGAAUGAGUCUGGCAUUCUCUACUUCUCCAACAAGGGUGGGAAGCUGGUCUCUGAGCCAUCACCUUUUUCGUAUGUGGACGUGUCACUCAUGCGUGGCAGUGGUGUCAAUAUGAAUCCCCGCUGCAUGCAACUGGUCGACUUCGAUGGGGAUUUGGAUUUGGAUUUGCUGGUUGGCACCCUGGGUCGUGUGUGGUUCUUGGAACAGUUUGAUGAUGGCACCUUCUACCAUGCCAAGGGUCGGAAUGACCCUUUCGAUACAGGGCUUCUUUUGUCAAAUCCUUGCCCAGCCUUUGGUGACAUAGACCGGGACGGAGUGGCUGAUCUAGUGGUGGGUGAUUCUGACGGCCGGCUGAUGAUUUUUCAGCACAAGCCCGUGCCACACAUGGGACUUGGGCUGAGCGUGCGGGAGAGCCAAAACCCCUUGGCUUUUCUGCGCCCAAGAGGGACGACACCUCGACGAACAGCUGCUGUGGACUGGGACGGGGAUGGUCGGUUGGAUCUCAUCGUUUUGACAGACAUCGCCAACCUCUUCUUACGUCAAGCAGAUGGUCAUCUUGCACUGGAACCGGACACUGAGUCCUUGAAGAUGAUAGGCACAGUCGAGUCAAGCUUCCCUGGGGUGCUCCGAACUGUCGAUUGGGAUUUCGAUGGAGACACGGAUUUUGUUUUAUUCUGCGUACGCGGUGUUUUCUUAUUUGAGCGAAUUGGCGACCAGCUGGCUGCGCCCAAAGCACUUUUGCCUCCUUCUGCCAUUGUGUUUGGCGGUGAUGUGGUUGACUGGGAUGAUGAUGGGGAUUGGGAUAUGGUCCUAAUUCCAACUCGCUUUACUCUAGGAAUCCAGCUUGCAUUGCAAGAAAACAGUGAAUUCCACAUUGUGUCAUAUGAUGAAAACCCUUUCCGAGCCAUUGUAUUGGCGGGAAACGUUGAAAAUCCGACCCUGGCUGACCUUGAUGGCGAUGGUCGCUUGGAGUUGCUUGUGGGCAGGGGCGCAGGCGAGAUAUUCAUUUGGCGACAGGAUUCUACAGGGGUUUUCGUUCACCAGGAUCAACUGGAUGCACGCAUACAAGGUGGUUAUUCAUACCCCAUGGCAGUUGACUGGGACGGGGAUGAUGACUUGGAAAUCAUUGUGGGUUCGAUUGGGCUCGACUACUUCGAGUUUGGUGGGUGCGAGCUCCCAGACGCUUGCUUUGUCAAUGGAGGCUUUUGCCAUAUGGGAGCUUGUGAGUGCGCACGCGGACAUGACAGGAACGAUUGCUCUGGAUGUGCUGCCGGCUACUCAACUAUUUCCAGAAGCUCACAGACUGGACACCAAUGCCAUCCCUGCCCAGGUGUCGGUUCAGCUGCUGGCCCGUGCAGUGGGAAGGGACAGUGCUUUGACGACAAGUUCUCAUUCCUCCAGCCAGAGAGACGCGGCAUUGGCAACAGCAGCUGUGUGUGCAAUACCGGUUUCUUUGGUGUGGAUUGUAGUCACGGCGAAUGCCCUCCGGGGACAGACCCAACUCUUGAUCGAGAAACUGAGACUCUACACUGUCGCCCUUGUAUGCCUGGCCUGGGUAAGCCAGCAGCUGGCAACGAUGCUUGCCAGCCGUGCCAACCUGGGAUGUUCUCCAAUGGCUCCGGCUUUUGUCAACCUUGCAAGCAGGGAAUGCACCAAACUACCUAUGGCAUGGCAGCUUGCGAAUUAUGCCCAGCAGGGAAGGUGCCAAGCAGAGAUGCCACCUAUUGCUGGCCUUGCCCUCAGGGCACCUAUGCCACCACAGGCAAUGCAAUCUGCCAUCCAUGUGACCCAGGAUCCUAUCAACACACCACUGGCCAGACCUCUUGCCAACCAUGUCCCGCAGGCUUUUCCACGGAUGGGACCUCAUGCAGCAGAUGUCCUGCAAACUCCUUCAGCAAGACCUCGCUGAUGGGCUGCCAACCUUGUCGUGGCUUCACCAAACCCAACCAGCAGCGCACUGGCUGUGUUCCUUCCUGGGCUAAGCUUGCAGGCGCGAUUGUCUUCCUGUUCUUUGCAGCUUUUGCUCUUUGGCUGUUGCCGUACUUCUGGGGAAUUCAACGUCACAUCGCUGACGUGGCAUGGUCGCACACUGACGAAGCGGUGAUUGUCACCACACAGAGGAAACAUAAUUUUGGCACCAAGCUGAUCGCAGUGGUCUUUGAAGAGACUGGCGUUCCGUGGCUGGACAAGCCUUCAACCGACGUGGCUGACAAGACCACCCCAAUUCUAUAUGUCAAAAAGACAUCUCCAACACAGAUGCGAGUCUAUGCUGAGCCUGGUCUCUUGUUGUGCAAGCCAAGCGAGACAUCCAUCGGGAGCUUACGGCCCCGUCCCUUCGCAGAAGCCUUUGGGAGUUGCUUCUUGGGCAUUCCACUCAUCAUAUGGAUGGGUGUAUCCAUUGCAGGGAUGAUUGCCAUGGCUUUGCUCAUCGACAUUCCUUGGUGGUAUUUCAUCGUUACCUUUUCGCUUGACCUUCUGGCAAUUGGAGUGCUGCGGCUGCUGGGAAGGAGGCGUGAUGCUACGACUCCUCUGCGGACUUUGCUUGAUGCAUACAAGGUCAAACUUGUGCCGGCCAAUCCACUCCGUUGCCCUCCUGGGCCCCGACGAUCUGUUAGUGCAGGGAAACUCGGUCGGCUUGAGGAACAUUUCCGGCCCAUACUUCAGCGAAGAACUAUGUACUAUGUAUGUCCAAACAUCGUGAAGCCACUCACGCAAGAGAAGGAAGUCUCUUUUGCUGAACUCGUUGGAUGUGGCUCAGUGGAUUGGUUUAUCUCUCACUUCUGGGGCCUUCCGUUCGGCGAUUUCAUCCAAAGUACCCAACAACAUGCCAGACAUCAUGCGGGUGAGCGAUGGGAGGAGGUGCGGUACUGGAUCUGCACUUUCAGCAACAACCAAUGGAAGCUUGAAGAGGAGAUCCCAAGAGAUGCGCCGCCCACGGAGUCUUCCUUCUACAAGGCCUUGGUAUCUCCUACUUGCCAUGGGACCGGCAUGAUGAUGGAUGUCGACGUAACUCCUUUGAAGAGGUCGUGGUGCUUGUUCGAGAUGCUCCACACCUUCAGGCAACGAGAUCAUGCGAAAGAGCGAGCUUUGCCCUUCCAGGGGUUGUUUAUGCUCACACCGCAGGGUGUUCUGAAUACAGGCCGAGGGAGCUUGGACACUGCACUGCGAAUUGGCCAAAAACUCACCACAUUGAAACUUGAGGAGGCAACGGCCACAGAGACGAUAGACAAAGAAAAGAUUGAUGCAGAGAACCGCCUGGGGCACGGUCUGGGACAAGCUCUCCUCUCAGCUUCCCCGAGCUGUCAUGACACAAUGAAGGUACGAGCUCAGGAAGGUGGAUUUCCAGCCAUCAACAAUAAGCUUCGGUCGGAGAUCUGCCAAGUGCUUGAGCAAAUGGCGUCUACAUUCAAUUCCGACCUCUCAGAGCUGACCCAGCAGCUUCGCCAGAGAAAUGCCGAGAUUGCGGAGUCAGAGAGGAAGCGUGGCGAGCCUGUGAGCUCUGAAACGAGUACCACUCAGUCUGAUGAAUCGGAGCCUGCUUCAAAGACUGGAAGUGCAUACUUUGGGCUCUGGCAAAGGCUUGGUGGCUUUGCUUGGACAAACUGGUCUUCGGAAUAGCUUUUCUAUGUGACACGUGAGACUAAGCUGCCAGACGGCAAGUAACUGAUGUGUAGAUGAUUGCAUGGUUAGCCCGUGCAGGCCACUCACUUAAUCCUCUCCUUUUGUCUAGAUGGCGCCAUGGCAAAGCAGCAAAUCCGUUGACUGACUCCAAUGUUUGACCAGCGUUCAGCGGCACACACACACACACAUCAUGGGAAUUGACGCUGCCUGGGCGCCUGUGCCAAGUUGCGUGAAUUUGGUGAUCGCACCAGUUGAUUGUCCGUGUUUUAGUUGCAUUUUGAUUACCUUGGAAGUAGGGCACAGAGGCCUCAAACAGACCUCAAAGUGCAGACGUCAAGGGAUAAUGCGAGACUUCUUUUUCCCACAACUUUGAACUUUUUUGGCUCCACAAGUGAGCUCUCUCUCUGCCGAAAUGGGCGAGGCCGGUGAGGCCAAAACCGAAGCGCCAAAAGAGGCUUUGCGUCAAUGCUUUUCGUUUGAGUGCCAAAGGGCAUAGCUGCUUGUUUCUCCUCGCAAAACAAGCAACAUUUGGUUUGAAGGAAGGACUAUAGGUGGCGAUGCCGGCCUCAGGUACAGGCACACUGCUUGUACUCUUGUGGCAAAUGGACUUUGGACCCAGACACAGCGUGCAAAUGUUCUGAGCUUGCAGCUCCGGCUUGAGAGCGUUUUAGUGGAACGGGUGUGGCGAUCUUGC